AUGACGGCAACGAUGACAACAACCUUCCCACCGCCGGACGACAACAACGACGGGGAUGACAACAACGACUGGGACGACAACAACAACUGGGAUGACAACAACAACUGGGAUGACAAUAACAACUGGGAUGACCAGGACGGCGGUGACGACUGGAACUGGAACGGCGGUGACGACUUUUGGGGUCACUAA